UUGGGGAAACAAUGGGCAACUUAAAUAUUGAACAUGCCAUCUUGGAUAGAAGCGUGGUGACCAGUGAGACAGAGGGGGGGGGGGGUCAAGUCAGACAUGGCAGGACAUUCUGUAGAAGAGGCAGAGUUGUCCAAGCCGGUUUUCAGUAUGAAAGAGGGAAGUGACCCAAUGAUAGCAGAGGAUGAGGAUAAUGGGGCUUCUGAAAUUAAAGAUGGGAGACACUUUCCAGGUCAUAAACUGCACCCAACCCACUUUGUUGCCAUCCAGGUCACCAGCUCUGAGACUCGUGAAGCUGUGAGGCAUUUUCAAAGGGCUCUCUGCAACGUCCGCCCUGACUUAGCCAAGUUCUGUGUGCCUUUGGCGACUCUUCACCUCACCUUGUGCCUCCUGCGUUUAGAUACCCCCGAAGAGAUCUACAGAGCUGUUGUGGCUCUCCAGGAGCUACAAGCUAACAGCCGCAGGCUAUUACCCCCAGCCUCGCUUCUGUCCUUCCAGGGGGUGGAGACUUUCCAUUCCCACGUGCUUUACAUGUGUCCAGCAUCUGUGCCUGAGCUGGGAAUACUGGCCCGCAAUUUGGAAGAUGCCUUUCGCAAGAAGGACUUGACAGUGAUCUGCCCUUCCAGCAAAGAUAAGUUUCAUUUGACAGUGGUGAAGAUCCCUCCAGGGAAGUCGGAGCCACAGCUGCCAGCAGAUUCAUCGUGGAUCCCCACUAUUGAAGAUUUAGGGACCCAGGCCAUACAGACAAUAUGCUUGUGUGAUACUGGACAAGGGAGGACAGAUGGGUUUUAUACCACUGUGUUGAAAUUAGAUUUAUACUGAAAAGAGAAUGUGUACCAGCCAGUAGCUAGGUACUGCUUGGACUCUGCCGUUAAGUCUGUCCCCUCUCAGAAAGGGAAGGGGCCUGGAAUAUCAUGCCUUGUGUGGAAUAGGGCCCAACACUGAACUACCCCCUUAUCCCACUUGAAUUGAUUUUGGAAUAGCAGAAGUCUCUGCUGUCCACAAAAAGGGGUAUUUAGAGCCACCUGGGAGAGGGGAGAAUACAUUCAGUAGGCAAAGAUUUAUUCUACUCUAUAGCUCUAACUCUCAUUAAGAAGUCCUGUGGCCAACUCAGGGCUUUGACAGGAUUUGGACAGUAUAUAGCGAGGUUUAAUUUUGUUAACAUAAGAAAGGGCUUCUUCACUCACAGCAAAAACUUCUAACAAACCCUGUCAAAAUGAAACAGACUUGCAUGUUUUUAAAUACAUUUUGAGUUCGUUCCCCUUGAAAUCAGUCUUUGUCAUGCCUAAAUCUUAGCCUUAUCGCAGCAGGGCAGAACCCCAUUCCAACAGAUAGUGCCACGCCUAGGGUGAAAGUUUUGGAGCUCUGUGGCUCACCCCACUCUUUUGCUGUGUCAUCGCUACAGGUGAGCUAGACUGAAAACAUUUACAGCCUGUUGCCUUAGAGACAUCAACAGCCUUACUAUUUGGGGAAGUGGGGGUAUUGACAGGUAGAUCCAGAAUUUUGCUAAUUCUCAUUUGUUUUACUGUGCUGUUUGUAUGCCUGAUUUGGAGACAGAAGACAGUUAAUACUGAAAACUGCCCCCUUACAUUCUAUCUGUUGACAGAGAUCAAUAUACCUGUUGACCUAUGGUGAUUUUAGCAUUCAAUUAAAGACAGUUCUAAUCCA